CUACCGACCGGAACCAGGCCAACGACGAGAACGCCAUCUCAACUAACCUAGGAAGAGGACGUAAAUUUCCGAUUUGUCGCAGUUGAGAAGUGUCAUAAAAGUGAUUCAAAAGUAUAAGGAUCAUUAUAUUUUUGUGAUGUACUUAUUGUAAAAAAAAGAAAGAUCCAUAUAGAAAGGUUGACACUGGUAGACACUGAUUUUUGUAGGCUGGCAGAGGGAUUUAUUUUGGCACACUCUCACAUGGGGGCAUCUAAAAAUUUAAGUUUGGAUGGUGACCAGUUCCAAAUGGUAAUGGCCUCAGUAAAGGUCACAUUGACGGCACUUUACCGCUCUUGUUUUAGCAUAACUGGCACAGAGAAGCCAAUCGUUUUGUACUGUUCCGAGGAAUGAUACUGCUAAGUGUCCUAGGCAUGAGAAGUUUCGGAAUAACUGGUGGAGCCAGGAGCCAGACAUUCUUUGACUCGUCCAUCGCUGCUCGUUGUGAUGCUCUACAAGUUUUCUUUGUUGAGGAUCUGUGUUGUUGAUUUCACUAUGGCCAUUACAUCUGGAUUAUCGCUGAUAUAGAGCGCUACAAAGAGAGCUAGUUUUACAGGUCCAGUUUCAAAGCCAAAGAUUUUGUUUUCCACGUCAAUUGGUGUUGUGAGGGGGGAGGACACAAUGGAGCACUACGAGUUGGUUCAAGAGAUGCCCACGAUAGAGCGCAUGACUACUCAAGACAGGCUGAAACAUGCCAGAAAGAGACGGUCUCAGCAGCUCAAGAAGUGGGGACAGUAUGAGAAGCAGCUGGAGAAGGAGAGUACUAAGAAGAAGAAAAAAGAUGCCCAGGACUCCAUGAAGAAAGCCAAACGACGCAAGGGAGAUAGGGUUCACUUUGUGGCCAACAUUGCUUUGUUGGAGUCUGCGGCCAGAAAUGAUCUUGAAGAAGUUCGUCGCUUACUGGAAAACAAAGUCAGCCCAGACGUGACCAAUGAAGAUGGCCUUACAUCUUUACACCAGUGUUGUAUAGAUGACAAUGAAGAAAUGUUAAAGUUGUUACUUGAAUAUGGAGCCAAUGUGAAUGCUUGUGAUAGUGAAAUGUGGACACCCCUCCAUGCUGCUGCCACAUGUGGUCAUGUGAACUUGUGCAGGCAUCUCAUUGAGAGAGGGGCUGAGCUGUUAGCAGUGAAUGCUGAUGGAAAUAUGCCAUAUGACAUUUGUGAGGAUGAAGUUACAUUAGAUUACAUAGAGUCAGAAAUGGCAAAGAGGGGUAUUACACAGGAGCAAAUAGAUAAUACAAGGCUGACAACUGAGAGACAAAUGUUAAAUGACUUAAAGGAGUUGUCUGCUGCUGGUGGGGAUUUAGAAGUUAGGGAUCCUGUUGGAGCUUCAAUGCUACAUAUAGCAGCUGCCAAUGGCUAUUUAGAUGUUGUGGAGUUGUUAUUGGACCAUCAUGUUAGUGUUGACCCUAAAGACAAUGAAUCCUGGCAACCAAUACAUGCUGCAGCUUACUGGGGCCAACUGGACAUAUUAGAACUACUUGUACAAAAUGGAGCUGACUUGGAUGCAAAAACUAAAAAUAAUGAGACACCUUUUGACUUGAGUGAAGAUCCAGACAUUAAACAGAGAAUACUGGACCUCAAAGAUGAGAUAGAGACUAACAAGGCCAGUAGGCUUCGACCUGGCUCCUCCAGAAGGCACAAGCAUACUACAAGAACCUCCAGCACUCAUCAUCACCAAGACUCUGUGUAUAGUUCAAACUCAUCUCUCAACUCCAAACCUAGUGGCAGUGCCUCCAUGAGACGCAGCUCACUCAGAGGAGAAAAGAGUAAUCUCUUCAAAAAGGAAGCCCAAGAAGAAGCUCUCCAUUUUGGCCUUCGUAUGAUGCAGGAUGAAGAAGAAUUGCCAGCUGUCACAGAAGAAGCACCUCCCACAUCCAAUAUUGAUGAUGUGACAUUGACAUUUGAUGAUCAUGACAACAAAAGACCUAAACCCUCGCCCGCUCCUCGUAACAGAUCUGAUCAAAAUGUGCGCAUCUCCAACAGUGCUAACCGCACAUCUAUAGACAAACUACCUGGUGGCAACACAUCCCCUGCAGUGGCACAGAGGGGAUCAAGGUCGCUGCCCCUUAACGACCCCAAGAGGCCACCCCGGGAACCUGAAAAAGAUCCAAAGAAAGAUGCCCUUGAAGCUCACCUCCAGAGUAUGUUCCUUGAGAGCAUCCCCAACCGCCAGAACAGGCAACCCCAGCUCCACUUCUACCCACCACCAAUGAUGGACAAGGCAAAGAAUGGUCACAACAACAACAACAAUGCCACAGGUGCUGGCCUUGGCCACCAACCGGCCAAUGCGCCACAGUCUAGUUUCAGAGAGGGCCAAAUACAUAGGUUUGUGGCCCCUACAAAUGCUCCUAUAGUUGGUGGAGAAGAGGAUGAGAAGCACAAGUGUUGUACCAUCUUGUGAUUACUGUUCAUUCAAUCUUACAAAAAAAAAAGUACAAAAUUCUGAUGAGGCUCUGGAAGGGUUUUGGUUUCAUCUCAAGAGAAGUAAACCACUUUGAAUUGAGCAAUAACUUUUCACACAUUGUGAACCUGCAAAAUGUGCGUGUGCUAAUCAAACUAUGCCAUGGGACUAAUACAAAUAAGAAACAAAGUUGACACAUUUCAAACAAAUUAAUAAACUGUUAAAUGUUGAUUUGUUAUAAACUUGUACAUAAAGGCUAACAACUUCAGAUUUUCUUAUUUAUCUCAAUUUAUAUAUACAACUAAAUAUUUUGUUAAUAAUGAUCAAAUUUGUAUUAUUUUGGCUCGUUUUUGUACAUGUUUCUAAUCAUUUAUCACAUGUUUAUGGGAUAGUUUGUACAUUUUUAAGAACAAAUGUUUAAAUAUUUAAAUAUUGGUCUCCCAGAUUGCAAAAAAAAUAUUUUUUUACUACUGUAAUGAAUGAAAAAAAAAAUGAGUAAAAAUGCAUGAACUACUGUUGGUCGACAAUUUUUUUUAUAUUGUUCCCUAGUUUCCAAUAUGAGACUUACAUUAGCAGCUACCUUUAAGUUGAACUUCACAGAGAUGCAGGCUUCAUGUUGUAUAACAUUUGAGCUUGAAAACAAUAGAUGCUGUACAUCUCUGACCAUAGAUCUAAGAUAUAAUGUCAUGCAGGGGACCAAAGAGAAAUAUGAUGCACUAAUAUUCUUGAUAUUUUCUUCAUCAUUUGUUUUUAAAUUUUGAUUCCAUUUGGACCAAUCACUUUAAAACAUUUUGAUGAAAGUGAACUAUAGCAUUAUCCGUAACAAAAAAAGUGGAAAAGUACUUCAAUUAUAACAUGUACCACCACCAGGUUAAUACAUAGGAUGUUGUAGCCUUUAAAAAGGGGGGGGGGUUGUAGCUUAUGUAAUUUAUAAGACAAUUGUUUAAUUUGUACUCAUGGUAAAUCAACAAUAUAGUGACUAGCAGAGUGUCUUAUAGGUUGUUUUUUUUUAUUCAAGCUGCAUACUUCUUGAACUCACUCCUGUGGCUUGUCUGCUUACUCUGUUCUGGAUGAAUUUCAUUAGUGGGAUCAUGUCACUCCUGGGGCCUUAGCUCUCUUAUAAUAACUUCCAUGUUUCAGUAGUCAUACAGAGCAUUCAGGAAUUGUUGAGUAAGUUGGAAACAUACUUAUUAGCAAUGCAACACCAUCAUGCAAUAGUUGGACACUUAAUACCAUCAUGCAAUAGUUGUACACUCAACACCAUCAUGCAAUACUUGGACAAAGAUGGAUUCAACUCUUAGGCAAUGGACAUAAGAAUAACAUGGUACACUGAUUUUUGUUUUCAUCUUGAUGAUUUAUGGAAAUUAAAAAAAAAAUCACUUGGGGGUGUAUGAUGAUCUAACAGAUUUUUUAACAAAGUAUUUAUUUUUUUCCAUCAUGAUGCUAUGGGUAAGUUAAAAUCUUAAAGCUAUUUACAUUCCCUAAUGUGCAAUGUUCACUUUUUCUUGUAGCAAGGUCAUGGUUCUACACUGGGAACACUUUUUUUUUUGCAUUUCAUUAGCACAGAGCUAGAGUGAAGAUGUCACUAAUGCUGUAUUGAACUUGAUUAUUUAUUUCUUGAACACUAACAGUGGAAGAAUCUCUCUUCAUUUUUUGCUUGUAUCCUUUAGUCUUGUUUUUCUUUAUACCUUAAUACCUGGCUAAAUAAUCUUGUAGUUUUUGUUAUUGUGUUUCUUCAAAGUUCUGGUGCCAUUGUAUUCCUGAUCUUAUGACCAGAUGUAAUCACCUGUGUUUAUGUAAGUUGGUUAGCCUAUGUCUGGAACAUAGUGUUAUUGUGAUUUUUGUUCUAUUGUAGGGUUGCAGAGCUGUUAAUGUGUCCAUUCCAAUGACAGGAGGUGGUACCCUCUAGUUUCAACAUUGACUUCUUUUGAUCUGACAAUUUUGUACCAAAUCCACUUUGACUUCAAAAAAACUGACCCAGCUCUGCAGCCCUAAUUAAUAUUAAUAAUUGAAGGCAAUAAUUAAUGGUAAUAAGAUUUAAAAAAAAAACUUGUCAUAGUUGUUUUAACAUCUGAAGACUUAUUACAUAAAAUAUGUCUAAUUAAAUCAUAAUGAAUCUGUUAAAAAAAACAUUUUCACCAUCAUUUUCUACUACUUGUAAAUGUAACAGAUUGAUCACUGUACUUGACUAGCACAUCACACUAUUGGUCUGGCACAUUAUAGAAUUGACCAUCAAGUGUCCUUUGACUUAUUAUUAUUUCAUCACUUAGUUGAGCAUAGGUAACGUAGCUAAUGUAAAUAAAACAAUGAGAAAUGAAUGACAUUCUAACAUCUGGCUGACUCUCAUUCUACCACUGGGCAUUCCACUGUGUUAGGCUUGAUUGCAAAACAGGCUAUUACAUAAAUCAAACUAUUCUUUAUUUUGUAUUUUAUUUUAUGUGUCUUCUAUAGACCCAUUCUGUAAUGCAGUUCUACUGGGGUGGCCCACAUUAACCUAGCCUGACUCACAUAGCUAGGUUCCUCACUUAAGUUUGGAGGAUACUGGGGGUAUCCACUUCCACCUCACAGGAAAAAAAUGAGCAAGUGGCCUGCUUGACUUAUCCACAUUAUAACAGAUGCUGGAAGUGAAAAGUAAAGUUCGCCUUUCAGGCCAUGCAGUGUAAAUGAUGUAAAAGUCGUCGGUUUCUUUUGCCUAUGGUUACAAGUGUGUUAACAAGCUCUUUACCACUCCGCCACCGCACCUCCUAUGCUGGAAGUGAUUACCAUCAAUCUCUUUACUUUUCUAAGCAUAUUGCAGGAUAUAGUAGGUGGGCUACUUUUCAUCAGUUCACCAUGUAUGUAAUGCAUAUGUUGGUCACGCAAAAAAAAAAAGGUCAAUGACGUAAGCAUUUACUUUACAAAUUAACUUCAUGAAAAUAGGCCGCUUGAAUUUUAUUUUUUAGUGUGUAUGUAUGUGUGUGACUUAUGGUGUAAUGAGACUCCGAUCAUAAUUUCCUUGAUUCCCCCAAUAGUGAGUAUAUAGUAUAUUUGAAAACUCUGCCAGUUGUCUUUCUGAAGCCUGGUCUUUUCCUGUUCUCAGUGCCAGUAUUGAGUGCAAUCCUCAAAAUGUCUUUUUUUUUUUUUCCCUAGAAAUAAGGAAAUUUUUUGUUCAUAUUUUUACAGUAGCUUUAAACAUUGGACAUCUAGAUAGUAAACUAGACUGUUAGUAUUUUUCAUUUAUUUACUAUUGAAAUAAUUUAAAUUUGUACAUACCAAUCUUAAAAUAUUUUUUUGGUGUUAAAUAUUAGGUUGAUGUCAAUCUGAGCUUUUCCUAUGAUGUAUUAAGAAUAAUUUUUUUUCUUAUCUACAAUAUAUGCUGCACAAAGCCAUUAUUUCACUCCACAAUCACAAAAUUGCUUUUGUCCCAAUGGAUGGGGCUAAGUACACAUUUUAACUAGUAGCCUUAGUCAUGAAAAAAGAUACAAGACAAGAUACUGUGUACACAGUUACACUUCAUUGUGUAGUACUUGAAGUUGUAACAUUCAAUGAUUUUGUUAGAAACAUCAAUAUCUGGAUGUUUGUUGUAUUCAAGAUGUCAAAAGUGUCUAAGUUUUUGUUUGUCUACAUGCCUCAUGUUUCCUAAAAAUUGGGUCUAUUGAAUUAAGUGUGUGUGAAUGUUACAUUACACAUGUGUGUUAAGUGCUACAGGGUAUACUUGUUAAUUUUUUUUAUUGUGCUAUUUAAAUUUCUGUCAGAAUAUUUUUAGUUGGCAAGUUACUGUAUUUCUAUUAUUUAUAUGUAAAAAGAUAUUAUGUGCAAACUUUUCUGGUUUUGAUAAACCUGGGCUUAGAAAAAGAAAAUAGUUGCUAAAACUGAAUUCAUUCAUUUGCAUUUUUAGUUCAUAGUUGUAAGCAGGGGUCAGAGGGAAAAAUUUAUCAUCAUUACAAGUUAUUCAUUCAUGCUUUAAUGAAAUGUUAGUAUAGUAUCAUCCACUAAGUAGUUAUCACUUGCCAUAAAAUGUUUCAGCAUGAUUGCACUAUUACUACAUUGUUCAUGGUGAGAGUCUAGCUGUGCCUUGCCCUAUGUAUUUAACCAAGAAACUCUUGAUGACUUACUCUAGUUAGAAUGUAUGUGCAGCAGCAGUACCAGCCCAGGGAGUGACAAUGAGGUUUUUAUUUGGUCCACUCACAGGUGGACAGUAGAAUGGAACAAGGAAAGAGGGCUACAAUACAAUAUAGCUGGCAUUGUUAGUAGCUGGAACUAGAGAUACUGUACUUUUUAAGCAAUAUGACACACUAAGUCAUGAAUAGGUUUAGUACACCCUUACCAUUGCCAUGCAUUACACCAAACUACAGUGUCUUUAACUUAAACUCACUGUUUGACUUAAAUCAUAUGAAUAAAAAAAAAAAAAAUGAUCAGUUUUUAAAUGACUAAAGGUUUAUUAGGAGUGACCUGAUGAUGGGGACAAAUGUGUGUUAUUUGUUGGCACAGUUCAUUACAGAUGUAACUCUGUUUCUGUUUACUUAGAAGUUGAGCAAUGUAUGGACCAUCUACUUACAUUCCAAUCAUUGUUUUACCUAACAAUGAAAGAUUGUAUUUUAACUUGAACUUUAUGUUUCAAUGUGUUUGACUCGGAGUUUGUACAGCAUGGUAUGCACUUGUAAUAUCUCAUGUUUCCAUGGACACAGAUUAAACCAAUAGAAAACUCUUA